AUGGCGGUGAGCAAGGCGCAUCCCGGCCAACAGAAGAGGAGCGACGCAGGAGUUGCACCACAUCUCUGGGCGCCUUCCAAAAAUCCGGAGUUCACCAACCUCAAACAAAACCACCUUAGCAAACUGAAAUCUGAGCUUUUCACCAGCGAAGUGCUCAUGCCAGCCCGCCUGGGAAACGUUCCGGGGCUCCUAAGCCGCCUGCCCGAGGGGCUGCUUCGAAGGCCACCGCCCCCCCCCCUUUUCCUCGACAGCCUCGGCUCUUCGGGCAUUUUCUGUGCCGGCACCGACGCCCGUCGCGGUCCGGCCACAGGCGAGCUCGGCCCGCACGUCAGAGGACAGAGUCCCUUCCACCUGCGCCUCGCUCGCGACCGGAGCUGCCGGCACACUCGCGAGCUCGGCUCGGCUCGAGGCCGGGAAUCCCGCCGACCGGCCACCGAUCCAAGAGCGGGCCCCGCGGUGAGGGGGAGCCCAGGGCCCACAGCGAGGGAAACGCGACAGCGCCCGGCCUUGCGAAGCCGUUCCCGGCGUUUUCUCGCAGGGAGGGAGGCCCGCGCAGGACCCCAGCGGACCCCCGCCCAAAGGCACAGCUGGGGCCCGCUGCUCAGGGACCGCGACCGCGACCGGGCGCGGGGGCGAGCCCAGGUCUGGGAAGCCGUCCGGGGGGCAGGUGGGCAGCCCGGGGAGCUUCUCGGGGCGCGGCUCCCCGCCCCGCAGGGCGCUCGGACCGCGGGACCGCUUCCUCUCCGGAGACCAGCCGGACCCUGCGAUCGCUGGAAAGCUGCCCCUGGGGCGGGGGGCGGGAGGCGGCUGAAGUUAGCUGCUUGUUCAAGGAGGCACAAAGUCAUCGGAGGGAGAAGAAGACACACUUUGGAGGGGAGAGGAGGGAGACCAGAUCCCUGGCUUUGGACGGGGGGGGCGGGGGGGCCUCCUGGAUUUUCGGCAGAUGGACCUCGGGCUGGUUCCUCCCUCUGUCCUCCACACCUGUUAAUCGUUGCCUUUGGCUCCCACCAGGUUCCCCCAACUCACAAUGCGCAGGAGCUACCAGUUUUGGGCGCUGACCCUGGUGGGUCUGACCACCACCUUCCUGUAUCUGAGCUUGCACAGGCUGCAGCUGGCACCCAGCACCCCUGCAACCACCACCAACGGCCGCAUCACCACCCUGACCGAUGGCACCUUCACCUUCCACUUCAACUGGAGUGUCUACGAAGCCCUCUUCCCCCACCUGCAGCACCACCAGUGCCGGGAGGUGAUUGCCAGGGACGCCCUGUGCCGGGGGCCCUCCAGGGCCCCGCUGCUACUCCUGGCCAUCAAGUCCCACCCGGCCUCUGGUGGCAGGAGGGCCACCCUGCGCCGCACCUGGGCCCGGCCGGCGGCGGUGGGGGGCUUCCGGCUGCAGCCCCUUUUUCUCCUGGCGGCAACGCACGACGACAAGCACGUGCAGCUGGUGGAGCAGGAGCGCCGCACAUUUGGCGACAUCCUGAUGUGGGACUUUGCGGAGUCGCACCAGAACCUGUCCCUGAAGGAGCGCUGCUUCCUCCAGUGGGUGCACCAGCACUGCCAGCAAGCGGCCUACGUCUUCCAGGGUUCACCUAUCCCCUUAAGUCGAAGUGGUACUACCUGGGGAUAGCCGUUGCCCUGCUGAUCAUCUACUCCGUCAGGAAAACAGAAAUUUCCCAACAAACACCCAGCACCACCCUGACCGAUGGCACCUUCACCUUCCACUUCAACUGGAGUGUCUACGAAGCCCUCUUCCCCCACCUGCAGCACCACCAGUGCCGGGAGGUGAUUGCCAGGGACGCCCUGUGCCGGGGGCCCUCCAGGGCCCCGCUGCUGCUCCUGGCCAUCAAGUCCCACCCGGCCUCUGGUGGCAGGAGGGCCACCCUGCGCCGCACCUGGGCCCGGCCGGCGGCGGUGGGGGGCUUCCGGCUGCAGCCCCUUUUUCUCCUGGCGGCAACGCACAACGACAAGCACGUGCAGCUGGUGGAGCAGGAGCGCCGCACAUUUGGCGACAUCCUGAUGUGGGACUUUGCGGAGUCGCACCAGAACCUGUCCCUGAAGGAAUGCUGCUUCCUCCAGUGGGUGCACCAGCACUGUCAGCAAGCGGCCUACGUCUUCCAAGGAGACGACAGGGUUUUUGUGAAUCCCGCAGCCCUGACUGCGUUCCUCCAGCAGACGCCCAACGCCUCCCAAUUCAUCCAUGGCAACAUCCAGUACCAUCCUGUCGUGAAGAGGAUCGGGCAGGACGCCAUCCCUCUCCUCCUCUUCCCCUCGGCCCACUACCCCCACUUUGCCUCGGAAGGGGUCUUUGUCAUGCCCGGCUCUGCCCUGCCCGCCCUCUACCAGGCCUCCGUCCGGCUGCCCACCUUCCCCCUCCACGAUGCCUACUGGGGCUUCUUGGCUUUGGCUGCUGAGCUCCCCCACCAGCACAACGGACACUUCCGGGCCUGGGAGCCGGCGCAGGACCACCUCACCAUCUACCGGCAGUCCCUGGCCAUCCAAGGGGUCUCCCCAGAGAGGAUGGAGGAAGUGUGGCAGGAGCUGAGGGCCUCCGCAGAGGGCUGGCCUGCAUGAAAGUGGCAGGGGGUCACACCCCACCGACACGCCUUUCUUGACCCAGAAAGCUUUGGCUUCCGUCUUUGAACCCGGGAAAGGCGCCCCUCGAUGAGAAUGGCAGCCGUUGCCAUUUGGUUCUUUCUCAACAGAGCUUCAACCUCUUGGAAA